AUGGAAUUAAAGAAAACUACCUCCAGGGCGUACAAUGCUGCUCUCCUGCUGCCACUUUUCCUCUUACUUUGGGGAACCUCAUACUCUGAAAAUGACAGUGGCUGUUCCUCAUCCCCCUGUGAGAAUGGUGGGAGCUGUAAGGAUUUGGAAGUGGGUUACCAGUGCAUCUGCCCUGUGGAGCCUGUAGCCUACAUGGGCAUAAACUGUGAAUUCCUCUAUGAUGCUUGUGCUAAACAUGACUGUCCCUCCAAUAUGACCUGCUUCCGGACUCCAGGGCUCCUGGAAUAUGAAUGUGUCUGUCAGCCUGGCUCCACAGGCAUCGACUGUGACAAUAUCGAUGGGUGUGAGAGCAACCCUUGUACAGAUCCUCACUUUGAAUGUGUAGAUAGUGCAAAUGGAUACACCUGCAAAUGCCAAACAGGGCCGGGUGGAGAAGGCUGCCGAGCCGAGAGCUCCGAGGGCUCCAGCCAGCCCUGCCUGAACAACGGGACCUGUGUCCAGGGCCUGGGGGACUACUCCUGCAUCUGCCAGCCUGGCUUCACCGGGGCCACCUGCGGGCACGACGUGGACGAGUGUGCCUCGGGGCCCUGCCAGAACGGUGCCAUCUGCCGCGAUGGGCUGGGCGAGUACAGCUGUUUCUGCGUGCCAGGAUUCCAGGGCUACCACUGCGAGAUCGACAUCAACGAGUGCGCGUCCCGGCCCUGCCGCAACAGCGGCACCUGCCACAACCACAUGGACCACUACCUGUGCCACUGCGCCCCCGGCUACACAGGUGUGAACUGUGAAGCUGAAAUAGAUGAAUGUGCUUCAGAGCCUUGCCAGAAUGGGGCCCUGUGCAAUGAUCACAUUGGGUUCUACACCUGCACCUGUGCACCAGGUUAUGAGGGGAUCCAGUGUGAGGUGGACAUCGAUGAAUGUGUGAGCCAGCCGUGCCAGCACAACGGGACGUGUGUCGACCUCAUUAACAGCUACCGUUGUGACUGCAGUGACACUGGCUUCGAGGGGGAGCACUGUGAGCUGGAUAUCCUGGAGUGUGCCUCUGCCCCCUGCCUCAAUGGUGCCACGUGCCUGGAGGGAGUCAAGAGCUACAGCUGUACCUGCUGGCCAGGUUACACAGGACAGGACUGUGAGGAGGAUGUGGAUGAGUGUGCAUCAGGCCCCUGUCACAACGGGGGUGUGUGCCUCGAGCGCUCCAACCCUGCCCACUACGGCUCAGAGCCUGACUUUCCCAGCAACUUCAGCUACAGCCAGGCCGCUGGGUUCCUGUGCCACUGCCAGCCAGGCUUUGCAGGGGAGACCUGCUUUACCAACAUCGAUGAGUGUGAAUCCCAGCCCUGCCUGAACGGGGGGCUCUGCCAGGACCUUGUUAAUGGCUUCCUCUGUCGAUGCCUGCCUGGUUAUUCAGGUGUGGAAUGUGCUGUUAACAUCAAUGAGUGUGAGGAGGGUCCCUGCAAGAAUGGAGCUGUCUGUGAGGAUGGCAUUGCUGACUAUACCUGCCACUGUGCCCCUAGCCAGGAUGGCAUUGUAUGGGGAGGGAAGAACUGCUCUGUCAAGCUCACUGGGUGCCAGACACACGACUGCCAAAACGAGGCCUUGUGCAUCCCAACCUACCAAGCUGAGAGCCACGGCCACCUGUGCCAGUGCCAGCCUGGUUUCUAUGAUGCCACAUGCUCGACACCAACAACGUUUUCCUUUGCUUCCAGAGGGUAUCUCCUCCUUGAGCUGCCCAGGAGCAAUCAGAGCGGGAGGGACACAGGAGGAGAGCAGCCUGCCAGCGUGUCCCUCCGCUUCCGAACCAGCUUGCCCAGCGUGGUCCUUUUUUACCGAGGCCAUGAAGCUGAGUACUUGUUCCUGGAGCUCUUUGAUGGCAUUCUGCAUGCAGAGCUGAAGAGGGAGGAUGUUGGGUACCCACUGCUCCUGGAGGGGCUGAGAGUGGAUGAUGGCCAGUGGCAUAAGGUGGAAAUUGUUGUGCACAGCACUGUGCAGCUGAAGCUCUGGCAUGACUCUUGUGACGCAGGCGUCUGCCUGCAGAGCUCUCCUGUCCCACCUGGCACUGCUUUGAUCCCACAUGCCUUCUUGAACCUGUAUGUUGGAGGUGCUGAGGAUCCAAUGGUGAACAACACAUGGAGCCAGCAAGGCUUUGUCGGCUGCCUGGAAGACUUCCAGGUGGAUGCUGAAGUUGUGCUCCCGGAGGAUCUGCCGGAGAAUGAGUCCUCCCUGGUGAUACCAGGCUGUGAGCGGACAGAGUGGUGCCUCUCCCAGCCCUGCUUCCAUGGGGGGCUCUGUGUGGACCUUUGGACCACCUUCAGGUGUGACUGCUCCCGGCCUUACGGAGGCCCAGCUUGCUCCUACGAGCGUCCAGCAGCAACAUUUGGCCUAGAGAAUUCCACCAGCUUUGCCUCGUUCACCCUUUUGGACAGCCUGGGUGCAGACUUCAACAUCUCCUUUUUCGUCCGGAGUCGGAAGCCCAACGGUUUGCUACUGCAGAUCAGCAAUGAAACAGGCCCCUGCCUCACCCUGUAUCUGAGGAAUGGCAAGCUGAGGAUAGAAAUGUCACCUACAGACACUGUGAUGUUCCCAGAGAAUGUGGUUGAUGGCAGAAGACAUUUGGUAGCUCUGUCAUUCCAGGGAGGCACUGUUGGUGCUCACCAGUCCGACACAUAUGUGGAGCUGGGACAGGUCAUAGCACAGCCUCUGUUAGCUGGUUCUGAAGUGUACAUUGGGGGACACCCAAACCCAGACAGCACUGACAUGUGGGGAGGCUAUUUUAAGGGCUGUUUGCAGGACAUCCAGCUCAACAGCCACCAGAUACAGUUUUUUCAGACUGAGAACUACAGUCUGCCAGAGGAGCUCAAUGGGAUUCAAAAUGGAAAUCUUGUGAGUGGCUGCAUCUCUGAUGACACCUGCAAGUCUGAGCCAUGUCAGAAUGGUGGCAGAUGCAUUGUCACUUGGAAUGAUUUCCAUUGCAGUUGUCCAGCAAAUUUCACUGGGAAGUUUUGUGAAGAGAGAGUCUGGUGUGAAAGUGACCCUUGUCCCGAGGCCACCACCUGCAUAGACGUUGUAGCAGGAUAUGUGUGUCUGGCUAAUGCAACAUUUAAUAGUUAUGCUGCCAUUGAAUUUACCACCAACACCUCAGUGACCAGAACCCUGAGCAGCCUCCAUAUGGAUUUCAGAACCAGGGAUGAAGAUGCUGUUUUGCUUCGGGCUGUGGAAGAGGUGGAUUCCCUGCUCAUAGUCAUUAAAAACUCCUCCCUGCUCGUUGACAUCAGGAGUGGGAACAGCAUCGAGGGCGUCAGGUUCCUGAGCCCGCAGGCCGUCGCGGACGGGGCCUGGCACAGCCUCUCUGUGUCCAUGGAGGAGCCCGCGCCGUCCUCCCGGUGGCUGGUUCGUUUGGACGGGUCUGUGAAUGUGACUCUGCAGGGCAGUGCUGGGAACUUGGACUUCCUGAAGAACAAUGCACUGAUCAUUCUAGCUGAAAAUUUCACUGGCUGCUUGGGCCAAGUGCAGAUCGGGGGCAUCUACCUUCCCUUCACUGCCCACCCGGGGUACCCCCAGCCAGAGCAGUUCGUGCAGGCUGUGAGCAGGAGCAUCCAGCUGGGCUGCUCCGGGGCCGAGGUCUGCGCUCCCAGCCCCUGCCUCAACGCCGGCACCUGCGAGGACCUGUUCAACGCCUUCAGGUGUGCCUGCAGCGCGGGCUGGGGCGGGCAGCGCUGCGAGGCCAACAUCGACGACUGCCACUCCAGCCCCUGUGUGCAUGGGGACUGUGUGGAUGCAGUAGCAGACUUCCAGUGUGAAUGCUUCCGGGGCUUCAUCGGGAAGAGGUGUGACAUCAACGUGGACGAUUGUGUGCGGCAUCAGUGCCUGAAUGGAGCCACCUGCGUCGAUGGAGUCUAUGGCUACUCCUGCAAGUGUCCUCCUCAGUACUCAGGGCCUCGCUGCGAGUGGCCGUUCCCACCUCAGCAGUGUGGCAAGAACUUCACCUGUCUGAACGGUGGCAGGUGCGUCACUGAGAGCUGGGGAGCCAACUGCUCCUGCAGGCCAGGCUUCAUGGGAAGGAACUGUCAAAUUAACAUAAAUGAGUGUGAUCCGAACCCGUGCCAGAACGGAGGAACGUGCCAGGACUCGGAGAACAGAUACGAGUGUGUGUGCAGUGCCAGCUACACCGGAGAGCGCUGCGACAUCAACCAGCGAGUGUGGGCACACCUCAGCCACUCCUCCGUGGUGGGAGCGGUCGGGGCUGCGGGCGCUGCCCUGCUCCUCGCGGUGGUUGCAGCCACGGCGAUUGCCAUGAAGAGGAGGAGAGCAACUCAGGGAACCUACAGCCCCAGCCGGCAGGAGAAGGAUGGGGCCCGAGUGGAAAUGUGGAACGUAAUCAAGAUGCCCCCGACCGAGCGGCUGAUCUAA